AUGAUUGCCAAAACAUCAAAAUCUCCAGCAUCCAAGCUGUCAUAUAAGGGUGAGUAUAGUCUGAUAAGGGAAGCCGCUAAGAAAUUGGUCACAAAGGCAGCUGAGAAGAAGCAGGCUACUAAAGUACUUUCCAAGUCUACCACGAAAGCCGCCAUCAAGGAUUCCCGACUAGCCACGAAAACAGCCAUCAAGAAGGCAGCUCCAAACAAAGCUUCGCAAAAGAAGAUUGCUGAAAAAAGGCCAGUAUCUUCGAAAACUGUAAAAUCCUCCGCCAAAGCUGCUUCAAAGGCAAGCAAGUCUUCGAAGGCAACCCAGAGUAUUAGCAGCCCAACGGCGUCGAAAAAAGCCACCCCAACUAAGAGUGGUAAGACCAAAUCUUCAGCUAAGCCUUUUUCAGCUAAAUCAGCUGCGAAGAGAAGUCUCCCUGCUAAGUCUAAGUCUGCAGAUACGCAAAAAAAAGUCACAACAAUUUCGAAAGUUGCCAAACCGAAGGGUGCUCCCAAAAAGGCAUCAGCUACCAAAAAAUCAGCCUCCAAAAAAGCUUCUUCAGCUAAAACCUCGAAAACCUCCAAGAAAUGA